GCAUGGCUGACAGUGUUGACGGGGCACGAUGCAUUAUUAUCACAUACUCGUAGAUUUAGAUUCAAAGGUGCAUCGCAUACUCGUAGACGGUUGACUAGCAAACCAAAGAGAGGCCAAAGAUUCGCCGCUCCAGCACCAUACCACACCGGAGCUCGGCGGACGAAAAUGCGGGUACUCGCCGGAACGCGGCGAGCCGGCGGAGCAUCCGGAAACCGGAACGGGAAGCGGCAGCUCCAGGGCUUGCUGGGAGAUGAGCUAGACUGUUUUUCGGAGGAGGUUCAACGGCGGCCAGAAGUGAAGAUCGUCAACAAGUACGUGGUUGUCAUGGCAUUCAUCCGUAUCGGCCUCAAAGGCUUCGGCGCCCUGGCGCUCUUGUGGGCCACCGUGGUUCUUCUCGGCGGCUUCGUCUCCGAUCUCAAGGGGGUCGAUUUCCGGAACCUGACCAUCAUCGCAUUCGUGCAGGCUGCCGGGCACGGCCGCGCAGCACUAUCGCGGAGGCGGAGGUCUGGCACUGAAGGAGAGUUGGAGACAGGGAGCAGGGAUCGGAGAUAUCAAUCAGCAGGUUACAUACUUACAGCUACAACAUUCAGGUCUUGUAAUCAUGUUGACUAAGAAGCAUCUCUCUGGUUAUCAUAAAAGAAACCACAAGAAAUAAAAUUCUAUGUGUUGAAGGUUUGUUCGCAUGUUAUUUCUCUUUUUCUAUGUGUUGUAGCUUCUAUGAUACUUGGUUUCGAACAGAAGAAGAAAAAAAUAUUUCAUGCUACUGAGAAAAUAUCGGUGUCUAUACAAUUGAUUUUU